GAUCGGCCUGUUACUGUAUUCCACAGCAACUCCCUUGCCAAUAAAUAUGGUAACAGGUAGAUGUCCCGCAGUGAUUUGCUGAAGCAAUGAUUUGCGAGGACAGCUAUGCGCCGUCUGAAUAACACAAUUGUGGUAAUUAGAUCUAAGAUUACGAACUUUGUAUAGAUCACUUAAUUCGUGAGUUAAUACGUUCCAACGCCUGUUGUUGAAGCACCUGAUCGUGUGCAGUUGUGGAGGCCGAUGUCGUCAGUGUGUUGGUGAGCACGUAGUUCCUGUAGCGGAUAGUUGCCACACUGCUGGUCUCGUGGUAUUUUACAAAAUGGAGGUCCCUUCACAGGUACAGGUUCUGAAACAGCAACUGCAGGACAAGAACCCCCACAAGAUGGAGAACCUGAGCCAGAUACCCACCCUGGGGGACCAGCGUCUGUGUCACAUCCACCGCAAGGUGUCCCGCGCUAGGAAGAACAUCAUCGUCCACAACGAGAAGAUAAAGAUGAGGAGUGACAUCUUCGCCAAGAGCAUCGAUCGACAUAAGCAGACGGAGGACUUCCUGGGCUGGCAACGGAGCCUGCCCGUCAAGAGGUCCUUGAUGGAGAAGAGAGGUCUUCAGAAGUGCUUGAGGAGGAAGCGCGAGGCAGCGUCCCUCACGAACCAUCAAACGCUGCUGUUCGGCAUGUACGAGGGUGAGGACCUGACCUCCUUCAGACCUGAGAUUCAGUCAAUCAUCGAUCGAAUGCAUCCCCGUGAACGACGGUUGAGGAAGGUGGAGCAGAUGAAGGUGGAGGGGAAGGCGACAGGACGUCUUGUUGACUAUAAUCAAUCACUGGACAAGUUCCACACACUAAUGGAAGAUCACCACACGUUUUUGAGGUCAAGUUUUGAGAAACUCCGAGAAAAAGAUCGAACCUCCACACCAGCCUAUCUCACGAGAAGGCGGAGCACAUUUCGCCUGCCGCCUUUAGGAAACAGUAGGGUACAUAGGCUUAACUCCAGACAGCAGACGACUGAAGUUGUGGACCAUCUACCCAUUGUGUCCACACACAGACGGGACAUUGUUCAGGGAAGGAGCGACCUUGAGCCGGUGGUCCCGAGGGCCAACACAAUCAUGACCUAGGUGGGUCCAGUGUUGUGACGAUGUUAGGAAACCACACGAAGUUAUCUUGCUAGGGCUGCUGUGUCACGUGCUGCCACUGUUGUAACAAGUGUUACAUACACCCCCCAGUCGGACUGGUGCAUGUUUAUAGACUUGGUCAAAUCUGUUUGCAAAUUAAUAUUUGACAGUCUCCACGAAUGUUAUUUUUUCAUGAGAGAUAACCGCUCAUAAAUUAUCCUAUCAAACUGGUUGCCCCACGUCGGCCUUAAAAUGUAACACCGCGACCACCUUCUAUCGAAAUCACAUGAAUAGUAAUAAAAUCCUCCACACCUUG